UCACGUCCGGCCCUGUGUCUGCGCUGUAAGAUGGCGGCCGCCAGCCCCGACCCACCGACGCUGAACGGGCCGGAGGAGUUGAUGGAUCCGGCAGGGGACGAGGCGGAGACUCUCAGCGUCUCGGAGGAGGUCUGGAACAUCAAGCAGAUGAUCAAACUAACUCAGGAGCACAUUGAAGCCCUGUUGGACAAGUUUGGAGGGGAUCACAACCCACCUUCAAUCUACCUAGAGGCUUAUGAAGAGUAUACAAGCAAGCUGGAUGCACUGCAGCAGCGCGAACAGCAGUUGUUGGAGUCCAUAGGCAAUGGCACGGAGUUCACAAACACUAACCCCACCAACACUGACUUGAUGGAGCCCUGCACUCACCUUUCUGUCACUCGGAACUCUGCAAGCCUGUUACAGAACCCAAAUGACAGUUCGAGGGCCAACCCCAAAUCACCUCAGAAACCCAUUGUUCGAGUCUUCCUGCCCAACAAGCAGAGGACAGUGGUUCCAGCACGAUGUGGGGUGACAGUGCGAGACAGCCUGAAGAAAGCUCUGAUGAUGAGGGGAUUGACGACAGACUGCUGUGCAGUCUACAGAACACAGGAUGGGGAGAAAAAACCAAUUGGAUGGGACACGGAUAUGUCCUGGUUAACAGGAGAGGAGCUGCAGGUGGAAGUACUGGAGCACGUACCACUAACCACACACAACUUUGUUCGAAAGACCUUUUUCACACUGGCGUUCUGCGACUUUUGUCGUAAGCUGCUGUUUCAGGGUUUUCGUUGUCAGACCUGUGGGUACAAGUUCCACCAACGCUGUAGCACAGAGGUCCCCCUCAUGUGUGUGAAUAUUGACCAACUAGAUUUGCUAAUUCUUUCACGAAUCUAUGAGAACCAUCCGAUUCCCCAAGAAGAUGUAUCAUCCAUAGGAACACCAACUGGCUCAGGGAUGUAUCCGUCGGUUCCAUCCUCUGAAUCCACAGGGUCUCUUUCUCAUCCCGCCACUUCCCCAACGAAAUCAAUUCCAAUCCCGCAGCCCUUCAGAUCUGGGGAGGAAGAUCAACGGAAUCAGUUUGGACAAAGGGACCGCUCAUCCUCUGCUCCAAAUGUACAUCUCAACACAAUCGAACAGGUCAAUAUUGAUGGUCUGAUCCGAGACCAAGAUCUACAGCGCAGUGAUGGAGCCCCCUUGACGCAGCCGGUCAGGUGCCUCAGGAAGUACCGCUCCCGGACUCCCAGCCCUUUGUUGCAAUCUUACCCCAAUGACAUUGUCUUUGAUUUUGAGCCUGGUCCCGUAUUCAGAGGAUCCACAUCAGGGCUUUCUGCCACCCCUCCUGCUUCGCUACCUGGAUCCCUGACCAGUGUCAAAGCAUUGCAGAAGUCUCCUGGUACACAGCCUCGCGAGAGGAAGUCGUCGUCAUCUGAAGACCGGAAUAAAAUGAAAACUAUAGGCCGAAGGGACUCCAGUGACGACUGGGAGAUAUCAAAUGGACAGAUCACACAGGGCCAAAGGAUAGGAUCAGGCUCGUUUGGAACAGUAUAUAAAGGAAAAUGGCAUGGUGAUGUGGCAGUGAAGAUGCUGAAUGUUACUGCUCCAACACCUCAACAGCUACAAGCCUUUAAAAAUGAAGUAGGAGUUCUCAGAAAAACUCGACAUGUGAACAUCCUUUUAUUCAUGGGUUACACGACGAGUCCACAGCUUGCCAUUGUGACGCAGUGGUGUGAGGGUUCCAGUCUGUACCACCACCUUCACAUCAUCGAGACCAAGUUUGAGAUGAUUAAGCUAAUCGAUAUUGCCCGGCAGACUGCACAGGGCAUGGACUACCUGCAUGCAAAAUCCAUUAUCCACAGAGAUCUGAAGAGUAAUAAUAUUUUUCUACAUGAAGAUCUAACAGUCAAGAUUGGGGACUUUGGAUUGGCAACAGUGAAAUCCCGUUGGAGUGGUUCACAUCAAUUUGAGCAGCUGUCUGGUUCUAUUCUUUGGAUGGCCCCUGAGGUGAUCCGAAUGCAAGAUAAGAACCCUUACAGUUUCCAGUCUGAUGUCUAUGCCUUUGGGGUGGUUCUAUACGAGUUAAUGAGUGGACAGUUACCGUAUUCAAACAUUAAUAACCGUGAUCAGAUAAUCUUCAUGGUUGGCAGAGGUUACCUCACCCCUGACCUCAGCAAGGUGCGCAAUAACUGCCCAAAGGCAAUGAAGCGGUUAAUGGCAGAUUGUCUGAAAAAGAAGAGGGAUGAGAGGCCCCUCUUCCCUCAGAUUCUUGCUUCUAUUGAGCUGCUGGCCAGGUCCUUGCCAAAGAUUCAUCGCAGUGCAUCAGAGCCUUCGCUCAACCGUGCUGGCUUCCAGACAGAGGACUUCAGCCUGUACACUUGCGCUUCCCCAAAGACACCCAUCCAGGCCGGAGGAUAUGGAGAGUUCACUGCAUUCAAAUAGAUGGAUCAUCACCACCACCAUCGAAGCAGGUGUCUGCCAUCACGUUGUGUGUCCUUCCGGUUGUUCUGGGGUUUAAUCUGCAAAACGGAAACUACAGCUGCUGAGGGAGCUGCCUGAGCCACAUUGUACCAUUUUGAAGAUGCAUCCUGCCAUCGGUUUCUGCCAAGUUGUAGUUUUGAAAUUGCUUCACUCAGAAAGUGAGCUCCCUUUUAACCAGUGAUAGAAGCUGAAAGCGUUGAUUGUCUCCCUUGGGGAUUAACAAAAUAGCUUCUUCGGACACUGCUGGUGCAGCCAUUGUGGUGAGAGAGCAGGCAUCAGUGGUGAGGAAGAAUCACUGGAGCUCGAAGGCCAGAGGAUGUUAACGGUGGAGCAUGAUUUUUCUGGGCAAUUGUACACCCGCGUCCUCUCAUUGCCUCUCUGCUCCCAGGCGUGGUUGUGCAAUAACCUUAUUUAUGAGUGAGAGAGGGCUGUUACAAUUGAAUGGGUUUGUAUCCGGGUGAUUCAUUGGCCCAUGUCCCUCUGUCACUGGGGGACAGGGUGCAGGGAUGCACAUUAAUACUGAGCCAGCGUUUAUUUAUAUACAUUUUUUUUUAAUUUAUUUGUUCGUUUGACCGGCUGUCUUUCCAUUGGUGGCAUCUCGAGUUCUCCCACCGAUGCUUCUGUUCAGGAUGUCUUUGUACCUGUCCCCUGCGUAGGUUCUUUGCAGUUGUCCAGUGAUUCAGAUGGCUGGUUGGUUGCACCAAUAGGUGAGCGAAUUCAGCGUAAAGUCACUGUUUACUCAAGAAAGACAUUUGCUUCCCUCUAAUGUUCUCUGUGCUUAGAUUGCAUGGUGAGGGAGAGAGGCUUGUCUUACUACCCAUCCCUGUGACUGUGGAAUGGGAGUUUAAAUACUUGAGCAGGACUGAACUGUGAAACUGGUUUUAAAUGCACACCAGGGGUGCUGAGGUGUUACAUGUUAACAUCAAACCCUAGGUACAUUUGUUCUUUACGUACAUAAAACAGCAACGUCAGUGUAUCAAACUAAGCAACCCUGGGAGGCAACUCCUGUGGGGCGCUGGGAUCGCUACACAGUGGGGUAGUCCAGAGAGUUGCUGGGGCAGGGUGGGUGGCAACCUGUUCAAAGUCCCAGGUAUUGGCAGCCAUCCAUGGAGUGACAUCCUGAGGAGAAGGGAGAAAGCUGCUUCUUUGGAUUGUUGACCGCCAUUCAAAAUCAUUGCUUUGAUGAGCCACAGAUGUAAUAGAGGACCCUACCCUUUACUACGGUGCAGGUAAUGUUACCAGGUGGGGCAAGGGCACUACCAGUAUGUGGGAAUAUUUAGGUCACAUGCAAUGUUUGUGUUUUUACAAGAUGUCUUCUGCAGGUUAAUUUGAAGAGCUCUGAACUGGGCCCCGAGAAUACCACCUCAAAACUAGGUCCUGUGAGAUUCUUGGAGUCCAGACAAUUUUAGUAUCUUAGAACAGGGACCAGCUGUCUUAAAGCUUUUUUUUUUAUAUCCUUGCAUCUUUUAUGAUUCAGAAACACUGCAAACCAGGCAAUGGGCAAAGGUCAUUCACCUAAUACUAUUUGUUUUCCCCGGAGCUUUGCAUUCAACUCUAUAUUGCCAGCCUCCACCUUUAAAUGUGUUUUAAAUAUAAGCAGUUUUAUUCUGAGAUCUGUAUUUGACUCCUUUAUUUUUGUUAGCCUUUUAGCUGUGCUGAUUGUUUGGCCUUUGUAGACAGAGUAUCACUACUUCCAGCUUGGAACACUGGAAUCCUACCGGCUCUGUCCAUGGUGCUGAUCUCAGAGCCAUUCGCCAGGCACAAAGGGAGGCUGUUGAAUUGCUCAUUAAAUUUGUUUUUGUUCCAAGGAUGGGUGUUCAGAGGGGUGCCAUUGGAGAUGGACCUUACUACCCCAAUCUUGGGUUGUAACCAUUCCGAUAACACUUAAAAUAGCUGAUUCAAGCUGUUACUUAACAAAAACUUGUGUGUUUUAUUUCUAAUUAACUGUAAAGAAACAUUCCCCUUGUUACAAGUCUAGUGUUAAUGAGAUGCAAUGCAACUUUAUGAGCUCUGUUACAAUUAGCAUGGGAUGGUGACUUGAAUGGUUCUAAUUGAAGGAUGGGCUAGGCUGAAAGACUGGGCUUUGCACUAUGUUAGUAAGUUGAAUCCCGAGGUGUCCAGAAUUCUCCCAAGUAGUAAUUUCUUCCUGGGGCUGUCUUGCAACUGGUUUGUUAUUUGAAAUCUAACCCCAGUAUAUCAUGAGGCCAGUUUAAAAGGCCAUUUGUUGACUUGCAGCUGGUAUAAAUGACCUACCCCCUUACACCUGGUGUGUUAGCGGCACAGCAAAUAUGCCAUGGUCUGCUGGUCACACAUGGUGAGGUUUUAGGCUCCAUCUCCCUCCCCUAGCAGUAAGUGACUUUUGACAGGAUGGGGUGUGGGGUUUCUGGCGGCCUUUUGGAAGGAUGUGCAGGGACAUUAGCUCAUUACCAAUGUUGAGUGAUGUGGUAUCUGGAGGUAUAAACAGCACACUCAGUGAGCAUUUGUGUACAGAUGAGUAUGGGUUUGCAAGCACAGUCAGCAAUACAUUCACUGCUAGUAGCAGGCCACCGAAGCAGGCUCACCUGAUCUAAGUUUUGAUGCGCCCAGCUGCUCGGUGACUACUUUUAACUUUGUGUAAUGUAUGGUGUGUGUAUACAAGUAACAAAGUUUUAAAGGUCUAUGUACAGGUACAGAUCUUUUUUAAAAAGGGAUCAAUAAGGAUGGUGAGGGAUCAAUUGAGAGGCAAAUGUUUGUACUGUGAAAAUAUUUGUUUUAAGUUUUUAAAUUACUUCUAUCCACAGCUUCCCCUGUGGAUGGUUCUAGGUCCAGCAUGCUUAUGCUAACUGAAAAACUUGUGUUAGCUGCGUCAGCUAACACCCCUCCCCCCACCCACAGCUCCUCCCCAGUCCAGCAGGCUUUCUCUGGCACGGUCCUCACUGUCUCCUGUCGUUGUACCUGACCUUUUAGUUCCUUCCUUGGACUGGAGUUAUUGGCUCAUCCUGUUAAGGAUCUGAUGCCAAUGCCCAUUUGUUUAGCAGGGUCCUAGAUAGUAAAUAUCAUUGUCCCAUUCAUCGUUUUGUUUAUAAAUUAGAAAAAAAGCAUAGCUUCAAGUGGUCAAUCUGUAUUUCCCUCUGGAAGUGUGUCGAAGACAGUCACACUGCAUUCCCUCCCCACUCAAUCCUUUCCUCUUGGUUUCUUCUUGUAAAUUUGUACAGUGGAAUAUAUUGUCAGUUUGCUAUAGAGCAUGGAUACAAAGUUUUGAUAGAUUUCAAAAACCUUGUGUAAAGUUAUUUAAAAGAUUGUAUUAUAAAAGUUAUAUGUAUGUGAAUAUGGAAAACAUGCUAUAAUAAAGGACCUGCAUGAAGAUCUUGGCUGCUUAGUCAGAGCAUUACAGCACAGAAACAGGCCUUUGGAUACAUUUAGUCCAUGUCAAACUGUUACUGGUUUUCUGCCUCAAUCCAUCGAACUGCACCCGGACCAUAGCCCUCCAUGUACCUAUCCAACUUAGUUCCACCACAUCUGCUGGCAGUUCUUUCCACAUUCUCACCACCCUUUGACUGAAGUUCCUCUCGUUUCUUUCAAACAUUUCAUCCUUAACCCAGAACCUCCAGUUCCAGUCCCACCCACCCUCAGUGGAAAAAGCCUGCUCGCAUAUAUCUGUACUCCUGUGUGGUCCAGGGAAUAAAGUCCUUACCCAUUUAACCCUUUUUGCAA